AUGCCCGGUCAAAGACAAAAUAUUGAUGAUCAACCACCAUCAAAUAGUUUUCUUCAACAAAUAUUUGAAAGUCGUAUGAAAAAUGAAAUUGACGAAAAUGAUUUACUUAUCCUACUAAAUCAAACAGAUUUAUCACAUACAUUUGAUCGACAUUCGAAAUUUAAUAUUGAUCAUUCAAAAUUAUUAAUUGCAGCUGUAGCUCAUUCUAAAAGUACUUUGACAUUAGCAGAAUUUAUUUCUGUAGUAGAAUUACUUCAUACAUGGAGAAAUCUUUUUCGUCGUCAUGAUCUUGAUAGAAAUGGAAUUAUUGAACCAUAUGCUCUUGUUAAUAUUCUUAAUUCUUUAAGAUUUAAUUUAUCACCUACAACACUUGAAAUAAUUGUUAAACGAUAUUCAACACGAACUGAUGAACAUUCAUCAGCUAAAGUUUCAUUUGAACAUUAUAUUCAAGCAUGUGCUCGAUUAACUUUACUCAAUGAUUUAAUGCAUUCAAAAUCAACAAAUGGUUCACCGAGAAAUAUUUGUUCAUUUUCUAUCGAUGAAUUUAUGCAAUUGGCACUUAGUCUAUAA